GAUUUUGAGGCAUGCAAGAGGAGAGAGAUAGCAGAGUACGGCACAAGUUUCACCCCGCCCUUAUUUUUACUGCAUUUGGAACUUCUUUCUUCAGCAUCCAUCCCUGGGAAGUUCUCAGAGCACAAGGAGAGAAGACCCCGGUGAUUUAAGACAAUGCUGCGGAAGAGGAACAGGUCUCUCCAGAAGGAUCAACAUCGCGCGGGUCAUAAUUGGGACUAUCAUUCUCAGUCUCACGGUUUGGGGACAAAUUUCAGAAACAACUUAAUUUUCAACAUCCCUCGUUUGUUUGUGGGUCUUGUACCAAACAGCUUGUUAGAUUCUGAUUCAAUGAGGAGCCCAACAUCUCCUCUUGAUGUUAAAGUGGUUCCAACUUCAGGUGACACUGCCCGAACUCCAAAGUCAUGCCUGAGGAGCUGGGAUUGCAGCAAAGUAGGCUUAAGCAUACUUGAUUCUUUUAAUGAUUCUUCUGAAUUUUCUGGGAAGAUCAUAUCUUCAUCAGAGAGUAAGAUUCCAGUUAUCAGUCCCGGAAUGAAAAUUAAGUUCUCAAAUUGUCUAAACAAUGCUAAUUCUUUUGAGGCAUCCAAGUCUUUGCCCAGAGAUUUUUGUAAACUUCCUUAUACCCAGAAUAGAUCUGCUAUUCACAAGGGUGAUUCCAAUACUCUUUUCGAAAUAGGAGAAACCUGCCUAGGGUAUGAACCAUUUAGGAAAAGCUGGUCUUCUUCAAUGGAUUCUUGCAAUCCAUUUAGAAGCUUCUCUGGUUUGAAUCUUUCCAACUAUGAUUCGGACUCUGGUUUUUCAUCAGUGAAAGAUAUGUCCACCCAAGGAAUCUUUCCUCAUUUUAUCGAAAGAAACCAUAACUCAAACACCUCCCUGCCUACAGAAUUGAACUCCAAACAUGUAUCAUCUCUUGAGCUUGUUGAGUCGCUAUCUGCUGGUGAGAUUGAGAACUCUGAAGACUACACAUGUGUGAUUUCCCAUGGUCCCAAUCCCAAAACAACUCAUAUUUUUGGUGAUUGCAUCUUGGAAACUCAUUCUAAUUAUAUUAGGGGUCAUGGUAAGAAUGAAGAGAAGGAAAAUGGAGUUUCCCCGUUGACUAACUGCUCGCAGACUCCAAACCAGUAUCCCUCUAACAAUUUCCUGAGUUUUUGUUACCACUGCAACAAGAAACUGGAUGAAGGAAAAGAUAUCUACAUUUAUAGAGGUGAUGAAGCAUUUUGCAGUUUGACUUGCCGUGAUCUGGAGAUCAUGAUUGAUGAGAAACUGCAGAAAUCCAGUCCUUCUGAAAAAUCUCAAGAGCAAGAGAUUAGCAAGGAGGAACUUUUUGAAACCAGGAUCUUCACUACUACGUAGCUAGAAGCUUUUCAGUCACAGCCACCAUGGUCAUGAGAAUAGAGACGCAGUUGAUCAUCUGUUCACAUAAGUGCUGUCUUUUAUGUGCAUCUAUCUGCAGCCAUGGAUGAUCGUUCUGUACAUCACUGUGUGCGCCUUCGGGCUCUCAGACUUCGUCUUUUUGGUGGAUGAUGGCUCUCAUUAAGCUUUUCCAGUAUCAAUAUAACUUCAUAUAUAUAUAUAUAUACACAUACACGUGUCAUCAAAUUAUAGAAGCCGAUUUUUCUGGCUUCUCCUCAGGACUUUCCUGCAUUGUCAUUUAUAAUCUCAAGGAUCAACGUAUACAGCCCGAACAAGUUUUUAACUGAAUUAUAUAUUACUAUUGUA